AUGACCAAUUCUCCUUCGCCAAUGCAGGAUUUAUGCAUUCUAUGUCCAAGAUCGUCCGCGAAUCUGGGAAGCGACUCUAGAAUGCUUGGUACCAUGAUAAUUUGUCUCCCUGCAAAACACAAAGGGGGCGACCUGGUGUUGUCCCACAACGGCGUUCGGAAGCGGUUCACAACAUCAACCCAACAGCCGACGUGCGCGUGCUGGUAUUCCGAUGUGGUUCACGAGGUCACCAAGGUCACAGCAGGCUACAGGCUGGUGUUAACAUUCAACCUGGUCAUGCUCGAGCCUGAAAGGACCGCACUGCCGGCUGCUGAACUCAUGCUGCAACAACCUCUUUUGCAGCGGGCGCUGAAGGCAUGGACGUAUCACGGUGACCCAGAAAAAGAUCUACUAUUCGCGCUCGAUCACAAAUACACCGAAGCAAGUCUCAAGGCUAGCAGCCUCAAGACAGUCGACAGAGCUCGAAUGACUGCCUUGCAGCGUUAUGCCGAACAGUUCCGCUACGACAUAUUCCUGGCUACCAUGGAGCAUUACCGUCACGGGCAAGCAGAAGACGACUCCGACCCUUACGAGCGUGGCACAAUGUAUGGUUGCGACUGGGAUGAAGAUGAACGUGAGUACGAUGAUCACGGGUAUGGAGGUUAUGGAGACGGCCCUCACGGAAUCGACGAGGUCUUCGAGAGUGAAACGAAGUUGAAGCAUGUUGUUGAUCUGAAAGGCUUCCCGCUGCUGAAGGACGUUGACGUUAAGGAGGAACAAGUAAUCAACCUCGACCCUUACGACGAAAGGGAGCCAGACCGGCAUGAGUAUGAGGGCUUCACGGGCAACGCGGGAGCUCAGUCUACGCAUUGGUAUCCGGACACGCUGAUGUAUAUCGGGCUGACAGAUCAGGUCGUGGUCCUUGUUCCGCAUGCUCGGGUGGCUGAUUUCUUGAAAGCACCAUUCUCAUCAUAUGGGGGGACACCAUUUGAGAGCAUGGAGGCAAUCGUGAAGUGA